AACACUUUUUAAGCAAUUUAUGUAGAAAAUGACUUUUAUCCACUGUCUGUAGUUAUGCUGAGAUGAACGUUGCUGUGACGUUAAAGAAGCAGCUGAAUCAAGUCCACCGAGCAACGCGAGUGAACGGAUAUAUCACGUUUGAACUUCAAAAUAAAGCAGAGGGCAGUGUUGGCCGAGUAGCGUUUUCCGGCACUAACUGUGGUCUUAUUGUGUAGUGCCGGGACCGGAACGUCAACGACGUGUUACCGUGUGGGCUUUGACGUGCACGGUGAGUACAGCAGAGGCUGAGAGGAUCUUCUUGUCAAUGGAUGGAGUCUCAGUGGUCAUGAAUGGAAGCCACAGGCACGUCCAUCCUGCUCCAACACAAACACAAGAACCGGGACUAUUGUUUUUCUCCAACUCGGGACUCGGCGGCGGAGGACAUGGAGAGCAACUUGCAGAAAGGCUAAGAGGCUAAGCUAAUGAAUCCGUUGGAGCGCGCCAUGCCCGAAGACGCCGUUUCGGACGCCUUGAAAACGCCAGCGAGCGCAGAGAAAGCCAGCGGGGCGCUCGCCACGACGACGGUCAACAUCCCGCUGGUCAACGAGGUCCAGCUGGCGGCGGCCACGGGCGGGACGGAGCUGUCCUGCUACCGCUGCACGGUCCCCUUCGGCGUGGUGGUGCUGAUCGCGGGCGUGGUGGUGACGGCGGUGGCGUACAGCUUCAACUCGCACGGCUCCACCAUCUCCUACCUGGGCCUGGUGCUGCUCUCGGCCGGGCUGCUUCUCCUGGCGUCCAGCGCCGUGUGCUGGAAGGUCAGGAUGGAGAGGAAGCGGGAGCGGCGGCGAGAGAGCCAGACCACCCUGGUGACCAACCAGAGGAACCUUUUCACGUGACCCCGCGGCAAAGAUGCUCUUUGGAAGAACUUUGACUCGACUGUCCUGGAUUGUUUGUCCGACAUGGAGAAGGUGCGGCCUGCUGGGAACGCCGCUGGAGAACACGGAGGACGUCUCCUUGAAAUGUUGGAUCUGCACACUGCUUGGAUUUCAUUCUUCCGGGGCUGGAAACAUCAUGGACUUCUUCAUGAAGACUCUGAUCGCAUAUGAAAUGAAUAUGAAUUUUAUACAGGAUGCUUCCCGCAGGACCGCCAUCUAUUUGUGGCGGCCUGCCACACCUCAUCAAGUCCACAGUACCGUGGAUCUUAAUCGUUAUUAUUCAGUAUACCUCCAAAUAUAUACCAUAUACGUAUAUAAUGUAUAUACCAAGUGUUUAUCAUCAA